AUGAAACAGAGAGGGAAAAGGGCGAAAUCAGCUCUUGUGAAGCCAGAAUCGAAUCUUCCAAAUGUGAAGGAGCUAAUAUACAAGAAGGUUUAUGCAAAGAUAGAGAAACAAAGUAUUCCUCUGACAGAUAAUAACAUUAUUGAACAGACAUUGGGGAAAUAUGGGAUGGUUUGCAUUGAAGAUUUAGUACAUGAAAUUGCCAAUGUUGGUCCACAUUUUAAGGAGGUGAUCAAGUUUUUGGGGCCUUUUCUACUAAGCAAACCAGGAGGAUUUCUGGGGAAGAAACAACGAUUCAAGGAUGGUGGAGAGUCUGGAGAUCGUGAGGAUCAAAUCAAUGAUUUAAUCAGUAAGAUGAAUUAG